CAAGGAGCCCUAAAUAUCCAGCGGGCCCCAUAAUACAAAUUCAACGCCCCCGAUGUUUGAUCCUACGGCCACCAACGAUUCUAUGCGCUUGAUAACCCCGUUCGCCUCUGCGGCGCAUGAUAGCCGCUCGUUUUCGUGAAUAGUAAUAGUUCCCCACAGGAUGCGCUUUGCUCCCCCCUCUCUGAAUCUUCCCCGCCAGUUUGACAUCGUCUGUAACUUUGCGUGAGAUACCCAGUUCUUUAUUUAGAUGAACGUUUCAGGUCCUGAGAUCAGUACCCCGUGCUUCUGAUUUGUUGUGGAAAGAAUGUCAGAGGGAACAAGUAUGGUGAUGGAGUCUUCUUAAAAUGGCACUGAGUUAUUAAUUGUCGUCUUUGACAUGCCAAAAGAUGCAUAAUGUGCUUUAAUUGUUCUUAUUCUUGCUUUAGUGUCGCUGAGAUAUUAAUUGUUCUUAUUCUUGCUUUAGUGUCGCGGGGUUGGCUUUAAGGAGGUGAUCCUCUUAAAAAAGCUAAAUGUCAGUAUAGUUGAUCUCACCUUCUGAAUAUGACCUUUCUGUACAACUUAGCCUCUAGUAAGCCUUGGCUAAACUGCUGGUUGGGUUAGCUGCAUAUAACCUAUAUAAUUUGUAUCUUUUUGUAUGUCUCACUGUAAAUUAUACAUCUCUAGAUGUCUUUCUUUCUUCCAUUUAAAAUGGUUUUUGGGAUGUUUAAGUAAGAUAUUAUAGAUCUUGUUUACAUGGAUGAAUCCAUAAUGUAUUGGCUAAAGAUUUAAGUUUGAUAUGAUAUUCAAACAUGUUUUCAAAACUUCUGUGUUCCUACCUCACAUAAACUCUCUGGUACUUGUCUCUAUACCAGAGAUGUUUGACCUUCUCUAGGCAGGCCAGCUAUCCCAAAUUCCCACAGCAUCAAUGUCAUUUGAAUAUUUGAUUUUGUAAUGAUAAAUAUUGAUUAUGAUGAAUGCUGUACACAUGGUUGGACAUUUAUAUUUUUUCUACAUUUAUUACCUCUUCUUAAACAUGUCACUACAAUCAAUCUCUCUCUCUCUCUAGUUUCUUUAGAUACACUACUAAAUUCAGGGAUUUUUGUACAAUAAAUGGCGCAAGAUCUGUACCUUAGUCCGAUGGAUUAUCAGCCAAUGAAACUUUACUUAGCCUGCUGGGCAAUGAUCUGGCACCAGUAUUUGCGACUUUUCUGCCUUUAGCCCUCCGGUGGUGUGGCCCAUAAAGUGCUCUCUGCGCCAGAGCUUUCCCCGGACUAUUGUUGGUUAUGCCUUUCCUAUUAGGUUCUUUUUCUGCAGGAAUUUCUUGAUUGCUGCUGGUGGAGGUCUCUAGAUUCCCAGUUUUUGCCUGCUCAGAAGCCAUGUUUCCUAGAUAUUGAACUGCAACGCUGAAAGAUCGAUGGGAGUGAAGUUGCUAUGGAGAAUUUGUGAGACAGCGGAAAUAAGAGAAAGUGAAACACGCAAGAAGUGCAGGAAGGGCAAGUUGAAUCAGAUUACCACCAUCUUUAAUUAGUUAUUUCUGGUGGAAUGUCUUUCAGGUGAUGGAAUACUUCAGGGGCAAAUGAGAGAAGAAAGGAAGAUGACAUGAGGUGGUUUGAGUUGAUAUGACAUAGAUUUCGAUACUAUAUGCUCUCAUUAUGUAUAGUUGCACAACUGACACUGAGUGGUUAACACAUAUGCAUGCAUUUCCACUUAGUUCCAGUAUUUUCUGGAAAAUAUGAGGAAUCCUCUUUUUACCUUGCAGUGUUUUGCAAAUUUAUGGACUUCAAAAUGGCAGAGAACGACAUUUAAACAAAGCUUUGGUGAAAAGAUGUUAAUUUCGUAUGAAUUAAAGAAGUUCUGAGUUAGAUUCUCCGUAGGCAGUAGGAACAAUACCUUUGUGGCGCAGCGUUGGAUUUUGGCCAAACUCACUAAAAAAAGGUAUUAAUUUGACUUGCUUUAGGUGCUUACACAUCUUACUCAACCUUCCCACUAGUGCUAUUUUGAAUUUUUUUCCUCCUAAGAAAGAGAUCAUCUAAACAUCACUUUAAUGCAUACCCACCCACAAUAUUCUUUUAUGCGUACAUCACGUCUUUACUCUUUGGUUCUUUAUCCACUAUAAGACUUAUUUGAUUUUCCACUCCCAAUUCCCAAAACAUAUGCAAUUCUGACCUUGCAAUGUCAGACAUUUGAAAGGUGGCUCACAAAACAUUAUGAGGCCAAAAAGUAUCUUGUUGUCUUGUCUUUUAAGAGGUGGGCAUCACCUUCCAUUCUCAUUCUAUAAAGGGUCUUGAUUUCUUCCUUAUUAUGAUGAUUUGGUCCAUACAAGAAAAUAUACAUUCUUUUGGAGAUUCCAAGUGAUGUCAUUUUUAUAUCAUGUGCUUUGUUAAUUUGAUUAUAUAUUAUACUAAGAUUAAUUUAGAUUGCAAUAAUUAAUUAGAAGAAAUUUACUUGGUGAGGCAAUCAUAAUAGCUUUAAAGCAAAAAAUAGAUAAAGAAAUCUUUCUCAUGUGAAUACUUAAGAUUGAAGCCCAGAACCAAGGAAUAUUUAGUCUUUAAGCAACCUUUUCUGCAAGCAAUUCUACAAUUCCUCCUCUUCUGCCUUUUUUUACAUCAAAUGGAGAACAUACAGGGAUUUAGAACCUGCAUUUCUCUUCAUCUUCUUGAGCCUCAUGAAUCUCAAAUUCUGCUUUUACACACCCAAAGAAAUGCCUAAAACAAGAGCUGUUUCGCAUGCUGAUCUUGCACCAAGUCCUCAAGGAGCAGACUUGGGCAGCAAAACUGGUGCAUUCCUUACAAUCUUAACGAUUCUCUGUGGCCUCUGUUGCUUCAUUCUCUGUAUUAUCGCGGAAUCCACUCGGUCACAGAUGGGAUGGGUGAACACUGGUGAUGGGAACACCCAAGAGUGCGUGUAUAGUGGGAGUGGGAAGACACCAUUGUUGUGUUCUGCAAGUGCAUUUGUUGGACUGGCAGGUGCAAUGGUUGUAGAGCAUGUGUACAUGUUGAUUGCAGUCACUAAAUCUCCUCCUCCAGCUCUUGUUACCUGGGACCCUAACCCAGCCCCUGCUGCUAAGUCUCUCACAUGGCAAGCAGCUUUUUUCUUUGUCACAACUUGGAUAUGUUUUGCUGUUGGGGAGAUCCUAUUGUUGAUUGGGAUAAGUGUGGAGUCUGGACAUCUAACGAACUGGUCUAGGCCAAGACUAAGUUGCCUAAUUAUCAGAGAAGGUUUGUUCUCUGCUGCUGGAGUCUUUACUUUGCUCACAGUCUUCCUUGCGGCUGGGUUAUACUUGACGGCAUUACAUGCACAAAAACUCUCCAAGGAGCACGAAAUCGGCCGACGAGAGAUGAUUGAGGCCUCCACACUCUACGCAUCUCCCCCGCAGUCACCAGCACGUAGUUUGCAGACCAUUGCACGGGAAAAUCCUGUCACCAGAGAAACCCAAAAUGAUCAGCCACAGCUUGAUUACCCAGUGUUUGUCAAACAUUCCAAUUUGGUGUGAAGAAAGGAUAUAGCUUUUUUUGAACUUACAAGCAAGAGAUUAAAAAAAAAAUAAUAAAAAAAACAUGUACAUACUACAGUCAAAAAAUUAAUUGUAAUUCAUUCAUUUUUGUACAUAAAACAUAGUGGAGUUCUUAUGGUGGGUAUAAAUUUUCUUCCUUUCUUUUUUUGUCAAUGGAGACGUUUGAGAAA